AUGGCAAAUUCCCUAGAUGUUCUCAUCGUCGGCGCCGGGUUCGGGGGAAUAUACCAACUCUACCGGCUACGGCAACAAGGUCUCAAAGCCAAAGUCAUCGAAAUGGCCAGUGAUGUAGGAGGGACGUGGUACCAUAACAGAUAUCCAGGAGCCAUGAGCGACACCGAGAGCUUCGUGUACCGAUAUUCAUGGGACAAAGAGGACCUCCUCACAUAUCCAUGGUCGCAUUACUACGUCAAACAGCCAGAAGUCCUCAAGUAUCUAGAACACGUCGUUGAACGCCACGACCUCCGACGGGACAUGCAAUUCAACACCGAGCUCCUCUCGGCAGACUGGGACGAGGCGUCCAAGACAUGGCGAGUCGAGCUCAGCACAGGCGAGACGGUGCACCCGCGGUAUCUCGUCACGGCACUCGGUCUGCUCUCCAAGGCCAACUACCCCGACAUCCCCGGGCUCGACACGUUCAAAGGUGUCAAGUGCCACACGGCAGCGUGGCCGCGAGACCUCCACCUGAGCGGCAAGCGCGUGGGAGUCAUCGGGUGCGGGUCGACGGGGGUCCAAGUGAUAACGGACAUUGCGCCCAAGGUGUCGUCGCUGAUCUCGUUCCAGCGGCAUCCCCAGUACAGCGUGCCCAGCGGCGACGGGCCGGUGGCGCCGGGGUACCGCGAGCGCGUCAACGAGAACUACGACGAGAUCUUCAAGCAGGUCAAGAACUCGAUCGUGGGGUUCGGGUUCGUCGAGUCCACCGUCCCCUUUUCGGCGGUGCCGUCGCCCGAGGAGCGCGAGGCCAUCUUCGAGCGGCUGUGGAACCAGGGCAACGGGUUCAAGUUCAUGUUCGACGGUUUCUGCGACAUCGCGACCAACAAGGAAGCCAACGAGGCCGCGUGCGCCUUCAUCCGCAAGAAGAUCGCGCAGAUCGUCCGCGACCCCGAAAAGGCGCGCAAGCUGCAGCCGCACGACUACUACGCGCGCCGCCCGCUCUGCGACGGCGGCUACUUUGAGCGCUUCAACCUGCCGCACGUCGACGUGGUGCAGCUGCAGGAGACACCCAUCACGCGCGUCACGCCCACGGGCAUCGAGACCACCGCGGGCUCCUACGACCUCGACGUCAUCGUCUUCGCCACCGGCUUCGACGCCAUCGAGGGCAACUACAACCGCAUCCGCAUCCGGGGCCGCGGCGGCCUCACGCUCAGGGACUACUGGGCCCCCAACGGUCCGACGGCCUACCUGGGCGUGUCGGUGCCGAACUUCCCCAACCUGCUCAUGAUCACGGGUCCGCAGGGCCCGUUUACGAACCUGCCGCCCGCGAUCGAGGCGCACGUCGACAUGAUUUCCGGCUUGAUCGCUCGCACCGAGGAGUCCCGUCAGAAGCAGCAGCAGCAGACGACCGGCGGCGGUGCCGGCGGCGAGGCGCCCGUCAUCGAGUCCCUCCCGGAAGCGGAGCAGGGCUGGCUGGACGAGUGCGAGCGCAUGGCCGAGGGGAGUCUGUUCAAGGAGACGGCGUCGUGGAUCUUUGGCCAGAACGUCCCCGGCAAAAAGUACGCUCUGAGAUUCUACUUUGGCGGUCUCAAGUCGUACUACGAAACCAUGCAAAAGGUCAUUGACAACGACUAUGCUGGUUUCAAGCCGAUUUCGGUCCCGGCCGACACCCCGAAACAGGCUGCUAGCAGUAGUGGUGUCCCUGGUGAGGUUCAAGGGCAAGAAGAGAUCAGCGCCCACGUGUAG